AUGACCGAGAAUUUGGUGACUGGGAUAAUAGGGAGAGGUACAGAGCUGCUGAGCACCAUGGUGGGGCUGCUGCGGACGUCGCCAGCUCCAGCACUGGGCACCGUGUUUGCCGAACCGUUUGUAGUGCCUGCCUGCUUUGCAAAUUGCAGUUUCGGCGUCGGCAAGGCAGCUCUCUUUGUCUCUCUUCACACUCGAAACUCCGAGAGUCCUCUGACGCCAGACGCGCAUGCAUGUCUGGCCUGGGAGAGCUCGUCGCCUGCACGUGCACACACUUGCCGUGUGGUGCGUCGGGCUGGAAAGGAGCGGACCGGGCAGGACGGAGGAAGGAAGGAUUCGGCAGCCAGCCAGCGGUCCGUGAACAAGCAGGAGGAACAGCUCAGUCCCAGGAUGUGGUGGGACCAAGUUGCUCAUGGUCACGUUUUUGUGAGUACAACCCAAAGCAGGGGCCCUUCGCAGAAGCCUGCUUUUGCGGAGAUCAAUCAGGACCCCAGGCUCUUGCCCAACAUCACCCUGGGCUACAACAUCUACACAACCCAUUUUGAUGAGAAAAUCACUUCUGAUGCCAUGAUAGACCUGCUAGCUGGUGGUGGAAACAAUAUUCCCAACUAUAGUUGUGGAAGGCGAAAUCACCCAUUGGCUGUUCUUGAAGGGGCUGAAUCUGACCUCUCCGUCCAGAUUUCAACUACAUCAAGUCUCUACAAAGUCCCACAGCUUCAUGCUUUCCUGAGAAAGUUUUAUAAUGCUUCUUUGGACAGACUUUAUUUGGAUGAGACUGAGGAGCUGGUAGGUGACUUUGAUAUUGUGAAAUGGGUGAUUUUCCCCAAUAAAUCUCAUGGUCUGGUGAAAAUUGGGAGUGUGGAGAGACCAACAUCCGCUAACAUCAAGUUCACCUUUUCCCCCGAAGCCAUUGUGUGGCCUGGGCCAGAUAACAAGACAGAACCUCGUGCAAGGUGUACAGAGAGUUGUCUCCCUGGAUAUGUGAAGGUGAUUCAGGAAGAAAAGCCAAGUUGCUGCUACAAUUGUGCUCCAUGUGCAGAUGGGACAAUCUCCACUCAGGAAGAUGCUAACCAUUGCCAGAAGUGUGCAGAUGAACAGUAUCCAAACAAGGACAGAGAUCACUGCAUCCCCAAAGUUACAACCUUCCUGUCCUAUGAAGAAUCAUUGGGGAUCAUCCUAGUUUCCCUUGCCUUAUACUUGUCCCUAACUACAGCAUUUAUGUUAGGAAUCUUCAUUAAAUACAUGGAAACUCCAGUAGUCAAAGCCAACAAUCGGGACCUCUCCUACAUUCUCCUCGUCUCCCUCCUGCUUUCUUUCUUGUCCUCUUUUCUAUUCAUUGGUCAUCCGGGGAAGGUGACCUGCCUUCUCCAACAAACUGCCUUCAGCAUCAUCUUCUCAGUUUCUGUCUCUUCUGUGUUGGCCAAAACUAUCACAGUGGUGGUUGCAUUCAUGGCCACAAAGCCAGGGAAUAGGAUGAGGAGAUGGCUGGGCAAGAGUUUGGCCAACUCCAUCAUCUUUUGCUGUUCCAGUAUUCAGCUGUGUAUCUGCACCAUCUGGCUGGGUAACUCGCCACCCUUCCCAGACUCUGACAUGCACUCCCAGCCUGGACAGAUUGUCCUGCAAUGUAAUGUAGGGUCAGUCACCAUGUUUUAUGGUGCCCUUGGCUACAUGGGCUUCCUGGCCACCAUCUGUUUUACAUUGGCUUUCCUAGCCCGGAAGCUGCCUGGGACAUUUAAUGAAGCCAAGUUGAUCACCUUCAGCAUGUUGGUCUUCUGCAGUGUUUGGGUGUCCUUUGUGCCCACCUACCUCAGCACAAAGGGGAAAUACAUGGUGGCUGUGCAGGUCUUCUCCAUUUUGGCCUCCAGUGCGGAAUUACUUGGUUGCAUCUUCAUUCCCAAAUGCUAUAUUAUCAUUCUGAGGCCUGAUCUGAAUACAAAGGAACUUCUAAUGACAAGAAUAAAAGAUGGCUUCUAA